UUAAAGAAAAGAAGAGUAAUGUCAAACCACGCACAUCUAUCCAGAACUAAUUACACGCGUCACGCCCGCUGCAUCUCCCACAGCUUCCUUUUACUUCUUAUUUUUGCGCCUUGCACCAAUCACGUGUGCAUACAGCCAAUUAACUUAACACAGUCCUCAUGGAAGAGUCAGUCCUUAUUUCUUACAGAUGAAUAAAGCACACACACACACACACACACACCUCCUAGAAGCCAGUGUCUGUGGCUCUACUGACAGCAACAAACGUGAUUUCCAGCUCUGAACAUGGACCAAAGUUUUAGAGAGUUUCAAGAUAAAAUAUAUAAAUCACUGGAAGUAAUUUUUUUUUUAUUUUUUUUUUUUUUUUUGCGUGUGUGGUCACUGAUCAGAACCAGGAGUUCUUUCGUUUCCCAUUCCCCGCCAGUAUAGGGAUAAGAGCAGAUUCAGUACAGGGAUAAGAGCAGAUUCAGACCAACAGCCCACUGGCAGGUGGUUCUCCAUUUUGACGGCGCGAGUUGUUUCAAUAUCACUCGCUUUAGUCCGUCAUACUGUUGCAUGUACAACUGUCAGUGAUGUAAUUGCAUUGUCAAUACUUCAUGCUUGUUUUCCCCUGGCGGCGGCACAGCGUCGGGGAGCGUGGCGCCCCCGGCUGGUGAUGGAGCGGUCCCGGAGGGACUGCUCUCUAUUGCGGCUGCUGGGCCGGCCGGCGGGACCAUCCUGCCCUUCUGAGGGCGCUGCCAUGCCCGUCACCCCGCCACACACUCCGGCGGCCUCCCCCGCCGAGCCCUCACCCCUCACGCCGCUGCGCCUCGCCCUCCACAACCUGGAGGACAAACACCAGCUGGCGGGCAUCACGCCAGAAUCCCGCGACGUCGCCCCUCCCACGCCCUUUAGCUCCGUCCCUACCCACGACCCGCCACCACGCCACACCCUCCCCCUGCACACCACAUCCCACCACCCACAUCCACAUCGCCCCGCCCCUCUGCUGGGUGAGGGGGUGCCGGCGGAGCCUCCUGAUGGGAGCCUGCACACCACCGCCACCAGCCUGGCCUCUGUGACCCAGCCUCCGGAACACCCUACAGACACAUCCUGCCGCGACCCUCGACACUCCCCGUGCCAGAGGGACGCCCUGGCAUUCUCCCAGCACGCCGCCACCACCCUGCCGGAAUCUUCGCGUCGCCAGGUAGAGGAAUCCCCGCACCGCCCUCCCAGCGUAGGCAGCCUGCGUGGCGGGUCACAACGCGGGCCAGAGGACCUGGGCGGGGCAGCAUCUGAGGCCCCGCUGUACCAGAGUGGUGGCAACGACCACCUGCCGCCUGUCGCAGCCACCACCGACACCACGCACGACUCUGGCAUCCGCAGGUACCGCACGGCCUUCACGAGGGAGCAGGUGUCGCGCCUCGAGCGGGAGUUCCUGAGGGAGAAUUACGUGAGUCGUCCCCGGCGGUGCGAACUGGCGGCCGAGCUGAAUCUGCCCGAGGCCACCAUCAAGGUGUGGUUCCAGAACAGACGGAUGAAGGACAAGAGACAGCGGCUAGCCCUCGCGUGGCCCUACUGGGACUCCGCCCUUGCUGCCACGCUGCUGCAUGCUGCCCACCCCGCGCCGCCCCUCCUCCAUCCACUCGCCACCUCUGCUCCCCUCACGCCUCACCUCUCCACCCAUACUGUGUCCUCCUUCCUUCCCGCCCAUUUCGGCCUUAAUCCCUUCCUUCCUCCCGCCCACAGUCCAACACAGACCCCCGCCCCGCCCCUGCCACUCAGGCCCUACCCUACCCUGCUUCUGCACUCCGUACCCCCUGCUGCACAACCCCUACUGGCGAGCCAUGACCCACGCCCCUCCCUGGCUCACACCCCAACGCCUCCUCUGCCUCGUCCCUGCCUCCCGCCCCUCCCUCGCUCCGCCGCCUGCCUGUGGGACGCCAGCCGUGACCAGGCUGACGGUACUGGCAAGGUGGUGAGUGUGGAAGCGAGCCUAAGCACCUCCACGCCGCCCUCCCUCACGCAGGCCACGCUAGGCACAGACCACAGCCGCCGCUCCUCCUCACCCUGCCCUUAGGACGUCCCUCGCUGUGCCCCCAAGACGGCACCACGUUCUGCAGCGUCAGGAAAUAAGAAAGUGCCUGAAGGGUCCCUCUCCUCCCUCCGUCUCUUAUUCGAGGUAUUCCUGCCGUGGCUAAGUGUUCUGGAGAUGUUCGUGGUGAGGCUGCGCUCUGGACAGUGAUGCUGAGAACAGACUUUUUGUGGACUUUUGAGUGAGUUCUCGCUCCGCACUUCUCUGCCUCACGUGACCUGCAGCCUCGGCCCUGUGUGCUCCCCGACGCCCCCUCAACUCCACACCCCAUCGAAUCUUCCACCAUGCUAACGCACACCUAUACCCUACUACCCCACAACCCCACCAUCCCACCUCCUUCCCUCCUUUCCCCCACCCCAACAACUGAUCCUAAACGGUGCUCUUCAUUACUUUAUGGUUUUAUUUAUAUCUUCAUAUCCUGUUGCAUUUGAGAUUGUAAAAUACGAUACUCUCUUUGUGUUACUUGCUCCUCCUCCGCUGUACGUGUGGAGGAAGCGAGGGACGAGUCGCUGCAAUGGUGCGGGAAGAAAGGAGAAGAAAACGGCG